AAACCCACAAGUUGUUUAAAAAAAAAAAAAAAAAAAAAAACUUGGUUUUGAUCUUACGCAAAAGAAAUUAAAGGCUCUCUUCACUCCAGAUUUGAAUCGUGUUGACCAAUGAACAAAGAUCCGUGCCAGGAAAGUCAAAGCGAUUCGGAGCCUAAUGAACUAGAUCCGUACGAUCCGGGUCAAACAGUUCCGAUAUUUUUCACCCGUUUUUGGAAUUUGGGGUAGGGCGAGAGAGAAGAUGAUGUUGAGGAGCUCCUCCACGCCGAUUCUCGGCUCCCUCCUCUUCUCCGAAUCCCCCACCCACAAUCCCCACCACCACCACCACUCCUCCUCCUCGUUCCACCCCAUCUCCUCCCACCUCUCCGACCCCUCGGAUCGCUCCGCCGCCGCCUCCGGCGGGGUCCGCCGCAGCCGCUCCGACGGGAACCUCCACUCCCUCCUCCGUGACAACUCCGACGACCACCACCACCACCGCCGCGCCCUCAGGUGCUCCUCCUCCCGCCGAUCCAACCCCGUCCUCGAGCCGAUCCCCUCCUUCUCGGUGGAGGAAGCGGAGGACGAGGAGGAAGAGGAAGAGCCGCGGCGAGAGGAGCGGGAGAAGGGCGCGGGGGUUCGGAGGACGGCGUCGUUGGGUGGAGACUUCGCCUUCGCCUUCGCCUUCGCGAUCGAGGAUCGGAGCCUAGGGUUCGACGAGGAUCGUCGGGAGACCGGAUCGUCGUCUCCAUCGGCGGCGGCGGAGAGGGGCGGAGCCCGGGCCGCGAUGCCUCUGUUUCUGGCGCGGGGGCUCGGGAUCGAUCGGAUCGGGUCCGGGUUGUUGAACCCGGGCGGCAACGAUUGCGGCGGCAGCGACGGGUUCAUUGGCGGCUGUGGAGGCGGCGGCGGCGGCGACGGUGGAAGUUGUGGGGUGGUGACCGGCGGCGGCGGCGGCGAGCAAUCGGAUAUGGAGACGCACCACAAGAGGAUGGUGGAUGAGGAUCCGAGCAAUGCCCUGUUUCUGAGCAACUACGCCAAGUUUCUCUACCAGGUGAAGUGUGAUAAUAAAAGGGCGGAGGAGUACUAUUCUCGUGCUAUACUGGCCGACCCAAGCGACGGGGAUAUCUUGUCUCAGUAUGCUAAAUUAGUCUGGGAGAUUCACCGUGAUGAGGAGCGCGCUUGUACCUAUUUCGAACGGGCAGUUCAAGCUUCCCCUCAGAAUUGCCAUGUUCUUGCGGCGUAUGCUGCUUUUCUCUGGGAGACGGACAAUAGCGAUGGAACAGAAGACGGAGGCGGCAACCAAGCACAAGAUUUUGCUGGAUUAUCAUUUCAUCACGGAGCAUUGGCCUCCGCAGCUACUUAACCUCUACAAAGAGCAUUGGUGUUCAGUUGGAGCUAACACCAUUCUAUUAGGAAACUAACAUGCUAUAUCAUCUUUAUGCUCGGAGGAAUUUAUUUAGAACUUAUGUUAGCUUUCGGUAUAACAGUUUCUAGUGAACUAUGGUAUUCUAUCGGAAUAAGUAACACUUUGUUUAGAAAGUGUUAAAUUAUUUUGUUAAGUUCGUAACAACUUUGUUCUCUGGGCUGCGAAGAAAAAAAAAAAAAUGCAAGGGGAAGGAUGGUUUUAUUUGUGAACUUGUAAAUCCUCAAUAAAGAAAUAAAAGGAUCUUGUAGAGGUUUAGAGGAUCGUUGUCGCGGGGGUAAGCUUUGUGUGUGAUGACACAUUUGAUAGAGUUUGCUCUUUGUAAUAUCAUCAACAUGAUAUGUAUAGUUUUGUUUUUGCAUGUAAUGGGGAGUCUUAAUAAUAUUUACGAUCUGUCAUCUGGUAAUCUUCAGUAA